AUUUGAAUUCGUGCGCCAAGGCAGAGGAAGAAUCAUCAACAUCAAAAAGAAUCCUCUGUCAUAAGCUUCGCCUUCAGAAUCCGCCAUGUCUAAUGCUACUUGCUUUUUUUCAAGCACCAAAUCCAAUCCUUGUCUCAGGUCUCAAAAACCUCGGCAGCCUAGUUUCGGGAAUCGUUGUUUGUUGAUGGCAAAGCAACAGAAAACAAGGUUUUACAUCCUGGGACGUUGUGUCUCCAUGCUUUUGUGUUGGCACGAUCAUUCUAUUUCGGAUUGAGUUUUCGGGUAUCCGUUGGAUUUUGGAAAACAGGCUUCUCAGAUUCGGUUCGAAAGAAAUUUGAAGAAAAGAAAAGAGAAUCAAGCGCUGGAAAACGGGAUUAGCCGUAGGCAUAGAAUUUAGGAAUUUGGGAUGGGGUUGGGUUAAGGAUUCAGGGGCAAAGCAAUCAUUUGUAUGCCAAUACCAGAGGAGAAACAAUGUGUAAAUAACAAUUUUUGCUUCUUCCUAUUUGUUUUCUUUUUCAUAUAAUUAGUGCGGUAAAUUAAGAUUAAAUCAAUAAAAUUAAUAAACGAUUAAGACUA